GAGCUGCGAGAUGACAAGCUCAACAAGAUCUUCUCCUGGAUGCAGGCGACCAUCCGCGGCUACUUCGCCCAGCGCGAGUACAAGAAGCUGCAGGAUCAGCGCGCGUCGCUGCUGAUCGUGCAGCGCGCCGUCCGCAAGUACAUGAAGAUGCAGGGCUGGGCCUGGUUCCGCCUCUGGAUCAAGGUCCGCCCCAUGCUCUACGAGACCCGCAUCGAGGAUGAGCUCAAGAGACUGGAGGAGGAGGCGGCGGCGGCCACCGCCAAGCUGGACGUGGAGCUGAAGCAGCGGAAGGACGCCGAGGAGAAGAACAUCAAGCUGCUGCAGGAGAAGAAUGAGCUGGUGUCUCGUCUUGAGUCGGAGCGCGGCUCCAUGGGCGAUGAGAUCGCCAAGCAGCAGAAGCUGCAGGCGCAGAAGGCCGACCUCGAGGCCCAGCUCAAUGACGCGCAGGAGCGGCUGGCCGUCGAGGAACAGGCCCGCCAGCAGCUGGCGCAGGAAAAGAGGAAGGUGGACGGCGAGAUGGGUAGCAUGAAGAAGGACCUCGAUGACAUGCAGAACAGCGCCAAGAAGCUCGAGAGCGAGAAGACCUCCAAAGACCACCAGAUCCGCACGCUCAACGACGAGAUCGCCCAGCAGGAUGACGUCAUCAACAAGCUGAACCGCGAGAAGAAGCGCCUGCAGGAGAACCAGCAGAAGACGGCCGAGGACUUCGGCACGCAGGAGGACAAGGUGAGCCACCUGACUAAGGUCAAGGCCAAGCUGGAGCAGACGCUGGACGAGCUGGAGGACUCGCUGGAGCGCGAAAAGAAGACGCGCGCCGAGAUGGACAAAUCCAAGAGGAAGGUGGAGGGUGACCUCAAGCUGACCCAGGAGGCCGUGGCCGACCUGGAGAAGAACAAGCGCGAGCUCGAGCAGACCAUCCAGCGCAAGGACCGCGAGAUCGGCCAGCUCUCCUCCAAACUGGAGGAGGAGCAGGCGCUGGUCACGCGUCUGCAGCGCGUCAUCAAGGAGCUGCAGGGCCGCAGAGAGCUGGAGGAGGAGCUGGAGGCAGAGCGCCAGGCGCGCGCCAAGGCCGAGAAGCAGCGCGCCGAUCUGGCGCGUGAGCUUGAGGAGCUGAGCGAGCGCCUGGACGAGGCAGGUGGCGCCACCGCCGCCCAGAUCGAGCUCAACAAGAAGCGCGAGACCGAGAGCAAGCUGCGCCGCGACAUUGAGGAGCAGAACAUCCAGCAGGAGACGACCCUGGCUGGCCUGCGCCGCAAGCACAACGACGCCAUCACCGAGAUGGCCGAGCAGAUCGACCAGCUGAGCAAGGCCAAGGCGAAGACCGAGCGCGAGGGCGACGCCCUCAGUAGCGAGGCUCAGGAACUCAGGCUCGCGCUCGAUCAGACCAACGCCGAGAAGGCGACGGAGGAGAAGCAGACUAAGGGCCUGCAGGACCAGCUGACCAACCUCAACGGCAAGCUGGAGGAGGCCAACCGCACGCUGGGCGACUUCGACACGGCCAAGAAGAAGCUGUCGGUUGAAAACGCCGACCUCCUGCACCAGCUGGAGGAGGCCGAGUCGCAGGUUUCCCAGCUGCAGAAGCUGAAGGUGACGCUGCAGUCGCAGCUGGACGACUGCAACCGGCUGUGCGACGAGGAGGCGCGCGAGCGGGUCACCAUCCUGGGCAAAUACCGCAACCUCGAGCAUGACAUCGACUCCAUGCGGGAGCAGGUGGACGAGGAGGCUGAGCUCAAGUCGGACCUGGCUCGCCAGGUGGCUAAGGCUCAGGCUGAGGCUCAGCUGUGGCGCAACAAAUACGAACAGGAGGGCAUCGCCAGGGCUGAGGAGCUGGAGGAGCAGCGCCGCAAGCUGGCCGUUCGCCUGCAGGAGGCCACCGAGCAGCUGGAGGUGCUCAACCAGAAGAACAUGAGCCUGGAGAAGAUCAAGACCCGGCUGACGGGUGAGAUCGACGAGAUGCACGUGGAGGUGGAGCGCGCGCAGCAGCUGGCUGCCCAGAUGGAGAAGAAGGCGAAGGGCUUCGACAAGAUCAUCGCCGAGUGGAAGAUGAAGGUGGACGACGUCGCUGCGGAGCUGGACGCCUCGCAGCGGGACUGCCGCAACUACAGCACCGAGCUCUUCCGCGUGCGGUCGGCGUACGAUGAGGGCGUCGAGCAGCUGGAUGCCGUGCGCCGCGAGAACAAGAGCCUGGCCGACGAGGUCAAGGACCUGAUGGACCAGAUCACCGAGGGCGGCCGCAACCUGGCCGAGGUGGAGAAGCUGCGCAAGCGGGUGGAGCAGGAGAAGGAGGAGCUGCAGUCGGCGCUGGAGGAGGCCGAGAGCGCGCUGGAGCAGGAGGAGAACAAGGUGCUGCGCGGCCAGCUGGAGCUGAGCCAGGCGCGACAGGAGAUCGAGAGGCGCAUCCAGGAGAAGGAGGAGGAGUUCGAGAACACCAGGAAGAGCCACCAACGCCAGAUGGAGUCCAUGCAGGCCUCGCUGGAGGCCGAGGCCAAGGGCCGCGCCGAGGCGAUGCGGAUGAAGAAGAAGCUGGAGACGGACAUCAACGAGCUGGAGGUGUCGGUGGAGCGGGCCAACAUCGAGACCAUGGAGAGCCAGAAGACCAUCAAGCGGGUGCAGAUGGAGCUGAAGGACGUGCAAGUGCAGCUGGAGGAGG